AUGACGUUGACAACGCCGCGAGACUCCUACACUAAACGCCUUUCCGUCGUUCUCCGCCGCUACGCCGCCACGACACCCCUCAGUAGUCAAAACUUCACAACUUGCACCCGCCGGGUCAAAUUUCUGCCGUCGGUUCACCCUUCCGGAGGACGCCUUCUCGAAUCCCCGUGGUCCGCUACCCAGCUCCGCGGCGCCAGAUUUUCCGGCGGCGAUGUGAGACCAGGAAACGUCAUUGAAAGAAGAGGAAAGAUUUAUGAGGUGGUAAAAGCGCAACACAGUACCCAAGGAAGAGGAGGAGCAAUAAUACAGGUGGAGCUCCGUGAUGUCGACAGUGGAAGCAAAGUGAACGAAAGGUUGCGAACUGAUGAGCCAAUUGAAAAGAUAUUUGUUCAGGAGAAGUCAUUGGAGUACCUUUACACUGACGAUGAAACUGGAAACAUUGUUUUAAUGGAGCAAGGUACAUACAACCAGCUAGAAGUGCCUAGACACUUAUUUGGCGACUCUCUUGUUUAUCUUCAAGAGGAAAUGGAAGUCACUGUCCAGCUUUAUGAUGACAAACCAUUGUCGGCAUCAAUUCCAAAUCGAGUAACAUGUACAGUUACUGAAGCAGCUGACGCAGUAAAGGGAAGUGGACCUACACCUUAUAAAAAGGUUUUGUUGGAAAAUGGUCGCAUUGUCCAGACUCCAGCUCAUAUUUUAACCGGAGAUAAGAUUGUCAUCAAUACAACCGACAACUCUUACGUUAGCAGGGCUUGAACAGUGGAUCUUCAAUUCUUGAUCAACUUGUGCCACAUCUGGAUUGUUUCCAAAGAAUGUCUCGCCCGAUCUAACCUCUACUUUUUGCAGCUCUAGUUUCUGACAGUAAUUGAGAAUUUACGCAUAUGAUCUUACGGUUGUUUAUUCUGAAUGUUCGUAAAUAUGUUAAUGACAGUAGUAAAAAAUUGUUUUACAUCAGGAUUUGGUGGUUUUCACCCUUCAUGUCAAAACUCUCGACUUCACUCCUUGCUAUAGGCCCCCUAUUAUUAUUAUUACUUACCAAAAAGGGGGAAAUGAACUAGGUGAUGUGGCUAAUGAUCAAUUUAUGAUUUUGGUGGGAUAAUUGGCAAUUAAACAAUAAUGGAAGGAAACUGUACAUUUUUAUU